CAUUUUGUCAUCUACCUUUCCAAAGUAAAUGGCUAUACGUGGGCACCGAAAGAGGAAACAUUCACAUUGUCAAUGUGGAAUCAUUUACUCUCUCAGGCUAUGUCAUCAUGUGGAAUAAAGCCAUUGAACUGUCGUCCAAAACUCACCCAGGACCUAUUGUCCACAUUAGUGACAAUCCAAUGGAUGAAGGAAAGCUUCUGAUUGGCUUUGAGUCUGGAACAGUGGUAUUAUGGGAUCUGAAGUCAAAGAAGGCAGAUUACAGAUACACACAUGAUGAGGCUAUCCACUCUGUGGCUUGGCAUCAUGAAGGAAAACAAUUUAUUUGUAGUCACUCAGAUGGUACCUUGACAAUAUGGAAUGUAAAAUCUCCAACCAAACCAUUCCAGACAAUCACUCCACAUGGAAAGCAGCUGAAGGACGGAAAGAAGCCAGAACCCUGCAAACCUAUCCUUAAGGUGGAAUAUAAAACAACUAGAGCUGGGGAGCCUUUCAUCAUUCUCUCAGGAGGCUUGUCAUAUGACACUGUAGGAAGAAGACCCUGUUUAACAGUUAUGCAUGGGAAAAGUACUGCUGUGCUAGAAAUGGAUUAUUCUAUUGUUGAUUUUCUAACCCUCUGUGAAACACCAUAUCCUAAUGACUUUCAGGAACCAUAUGCUGUAGUUGUUCUAUUAGAAAAGGACUUAGUACUGAUAGACCUUGCACAAAAUGGGUACCCUAUAUUUGAGAAUCCCUAUCCUUUGACUAUACAUGAAUCUCCAGUUACCUGUUGUGAAUAUUUUGCUGAUUGUCCUGUGGACCUCAUUCCUGCACUCUAUUCAGUUGGCGCUCGACAGAAACGUCAAGGUUACAGUAAGAAGGAAUGGCCUAUCAGUGGAGGCAACUGGGGUUUGAUCACUCAGAGCUAUCCAGAGAUAAUUAUUACAGGGCAUGCUGAUGGGUCAAUCAAGUUUUGGGAUGCCUCAGCAAUAACGCUGCAAGUACUCUAUAAGCUAAAAACAGCCAAAGUAUUUGAAAAAUCACGGAAUAAAGAUGACAGGCCAAACACAGAUAUAGUAGAUGAAGAUCCAUAUGCUAUUCAGAUCAUCUCAUGGUGUCCAGAAAGUAGAAUGCUGUGCAUAGCUGGAGUUUCUGCACAUGUCAUUAUUUACAGGUUCAGCAAGCAGGAAGUGACAACAGAAGUCAUUCCGAUGCUGGAAGUACGUCUGUUAUAUGAAAUAAAUGAUGUCGAAUCUCCAGAUGGUGAGCAAGCACCACCUGUACCAACUCCAGGCACAGGUUCCAAUCCUCAGUCCAUUGUUCCCCAGUCUCAUCCAUCUACUAGUAGCAGUUCAUCUGAUGGACUUCGUGAUAAUGUUCCAUGUUUAAAAGUUAAAAAUUCUCCUCUCAAGCAGUCUCCAGGCUACCAAAUUGAGCUAGUUAUCCAGCUAGUGUGGGUGAGUGGAGAACCUCCUCAACAGAUAACCAGUUUAGCAGUCAACUCAGCAUACGGCCUAGUAGUUUUUGGAAAUUGUAAUGGUAUUGCCAUGGUUGAUUACCUACAGAAGACAGUGCUUUUGAAUCUAGGCACUAUUGAACUGUAUGGCUCCAAUGAUCCUUAUCGCAGGGAGCCACGAUCUCCCCGAAAAACUCGACAACCAUCUGGAGGUCUUUGUGAUAUUAAUGAAGGUACAAUGGUGCCAGAAGACCGCUGCAAAUCGCCCACUUCAG